AGAGGAAUUUUGCUGAAUAGAAGGUGAGGAAGGAUAAAUACAAGGCAGGCUUAUCUUUGGGCAUUUGCGUUGUCAAAUAAGUGAGAAACGGCGAAUGCAAUGUCGGAAAGAAGGGUUCUGCUGAUCUGCGGUGACUAUGCCGAGGACUCCGAGGUGAUGGUCCCUUUCCAAGCCCUGCAAGCAUACGGCGUGUCUGUGGAUGCUGUUUGCCCCGGAAAGAAGGCUGGCGACUUUUGCCGCACCGCUAUUCAUCAGUCUUCGGUCCAUCAGACCUACAGCCAGUCCCGUGGUCACAAUUUUACACUGAAUGCAUCAUUUGAUGAAAUUGACCACACCCAAUAUCAUGGUUUGAUUUUACCGGGAGGGCGAGCUCCUGAAUAUCUUGCUGUGAAUGAAUCUGUAGUGGACCUAGUGCGCAACUUUGUCAAUUCUGGAAAGCCAGUUGCCUCGAUUUGUCAUGGUCCAUUGAUACUGGCUGCUGCUGGAUCAGUUAAUGGUCGCAAAUGCACUGGUUACCGUGCUGUGAGACCUGCUCUCAUUGCUGCUGGUGCACUGUGGGUAGAACCUGAAACCUUGGCGGCUUGUGUCGUUGAUGGCAAUAUCAUUACUGGGUGUACAUAUAAGGGACAUCCUGAGUUCAUCAGGCUCUUUGUGAAAGCACUAGGAGGCAUCAUAACCACACCAAAAAAAAGGAUCCUAUUUCUUUGUGGGGAUUAUAUGGAAGAUUAUGAAGUAACUGUUCCUUUCCAGUCACUUCAAGCUCUGGGGUGCCAUGUAGAUGCAGUUUGUCCAAAGAAGAAGGCUGGUGAUACCUGCCCAACUGCCGUCCAUGAUUUUGAAGGUGACCAAACUUAUAGUGAGAAGCCAGGCUAUGAUUUCACUCUGACAGCUAACUUUGAGGGCAUAGAUGCCUCAAGUUAUGAUGCUCUUGUCAUCCCUGGGGGUCGAGCACCAUCAUAUUUAGCAUUAGAUGAGACAGUGAUUGCUUUAGUGAAGAAAUUUAUGGAGUCCAGGAAACCAGUUGCAUCCAUUUGCCAUGGACAGCAAAUUUUAGCCGCUGCUGGAGUUCUCAAGGGGAUGAAAUGUACUGCAUACCCGGCUGUGAAACUUAACGUGGUCUUGGCAGGAGCAACCUGGUUAGAACCUGAUCCUAUACAUCGAUGCUUCACUGAUGGAAAUUUGGUAACUGGUGCAGCUUGGCCAGGGCACCCAGAGUUCAUUUCUCAAUUAAUGGCUUUGCUCGGUAUUAAAGUUACCUUCUAGCUGAUCCUCGAUAUCAGCUUUGUGAGUCUAUAUAGGUGUAUGGUGCAAAUGUUGUAAAACUCAUGUGAAUAUGUGACUUCAUUCACGCAACUGGUUAUGCAACCAGUAAGGCCUAACAUGGUCACAAUGCUAAUAAGGUUGCAAAAAGCCACGAACUGGUAUUCCCUGUUCCCCCGUUGUCCUAACAUUUCCCUCUUUGUUGUUUUUAACAGGCUUCCUUUGUGUA